AUAAAAUCGCUACACCUUGCGGUCCUACACACGAUUUAUAGAACCUCCCUUUCCAUUUCAACUUCACUUUCCAAAAAAACCUCUCAGAAAAUAUUCACAAUCACUUCAAAUCUAAAAAAUGCCGUCUAAUCUCAUAAUCGGCUCAUCCAUCGAGAACUCCGGCGAUUUGCGGCAGCUGAGGGCUUACUACGAAGAUCAGUGGGAGAAUUUCACCGGCGGCGGCACCAGCGAGAUCGAGGAGGAGCCGGCGGCGUCUCCGGCGGUCGAUCGGGUGUUGGUAUCGAAACGCGGCGAACUGAAGAUCCCCCUUCCGGCGAUUAGGGAGGCGGCGGAGGAGGAGAGGCCGUCUGCGGCGUCGAUCGAUUUCGGGGCGGGAGGGGAGGACGCCGUGUACGUGGCGGUCGGGCGGCACGGAGGCGGCGGCGACGAGGAGGCAAGCAUGGGCGCCGUGAUCUGGGCGAUUAAAAAUGAGGCGUUUGGUCCGUCGUCGGUUGUUUUCCUCGUUCACGUUUUUCCGGAGGCCAAGUUUGUACCCACGCCAUUGGGAAAUUUACCAAUUAGCCAAGUGAACAAAGAGCAGAGAGAGCUGUAUUUGGCCAAAGAAAGAGGCAAGAGAAGAGAAUUUCUUGAUAAAUUCCUCAAUGUCUGUUCUGCUUCUAAGGUUAAUGUGGACACCAUACUAAUAGAGAGUGAGAUGGAGGCAAAAGCCAUACUAGACCUCAUUCCCAUUCUCAACAUCAGAAGGCUUAUUCUUGGUGCCACCAAGUCAACUGUAAGGAGGAUGAUGAGGUCAAGGAAAGGCAAUGGGGUGGCCGAUCAGAUACGACAGGGUGCACCGGAGUAUUGUGAGGUUAAGAUCAUAUGCGAAGGGAAAGAGAUAACCGAGCUAGAAACGGGAUCAACUUCUUCUUCAACUUCGCCCUCACCAAGGUCAACAAGAGGUUCCAUUUCCAGUCCAAAAUUCGGCCGAGGGCAAGAGAAAACGGAACUUGACUCGGCUUCUUGUGGGUGUUUUAAAAUGUGAUGAUUCCAAAAUGGGACUUGUAUGUUUCAAGGCUUUUUGUAUGAAUUGAUGUUGUGUUAGGGGACUUUUUAAGCUUUAAUUUUUGUUUAGGAAAAAAGAUCAAGAAAUGUUGGCAUUAUAUUGUAGUGUUCAUAUGAUGUUACAAUACAUGCAAAUGUUCUGUAUAGACUUUAGUGGUGAAGUUGAUAGGUUGUAUGAUGAUGUGAGGGAUUUACUUAUUGUUUAUUUUGUCUUUAGGAAGGAGAUUGUUUAUGGUA